AUGACUCUCCGGUUUCUCCUCCUGUCCGUCCUGGCUGUCUUGUCGCUCCUUUGCAUUGCCUGGUGCAAUCCAACGUGCAAUAACGACUGCUGCCGUUUCGUGGAGGAUUUCCCUGUCAGGCUGAAGAAGCUCCGAGAGGACUAUUCACAGAUCAGAGGCUUCUUUGAAGCCAACGAUGACUUAGACAAAGCACUGCUAGACCAGAGUGUAGAGGACUCUUUUAAGAGCCCGUUUGGCUGCCACUCCGUAAACAGCGUUUUGGGCUUCUACCUGAGCACCGUGCUCCCCUCAGCACUUGCAGGGGUGACUGAGGAAACCAAGGACUUGAUACCCCACAUGGAAUCCAUACAGCAGAUUUUCGACCAGCUCAAGAAUGAUGUCACCAAAUGUAGACACUACUUCUCCUGCAAAACGCACUUUGACAUCAGAGUCCUAAACUCUACUUAUACUGAGAUGAAGGAUAAAGGUCUAUACAAAGCCAUGGGGGAGAUGAAUCUGUUGUUCAACUACAUUGAGUCAUAUCUGGCUUCUAAACGACAAAUAAGCCAGCCGGCCUCUGCCUGAAGACCCACUGACCGUAAUUUAAAUAUAAUCUUGUUCGCCUCAGGGAAAACACUCACUCUUGCACUCUUUUGCAUUUUAUCUGUUUUUUUUUUAACAUAUUUUUUUUCUGUGGUAUGAGAUGUUAUCAGAUUUUGAUUUUGUUUGAAAAGCCCUCUGAUGUCUUUGUUGUUGUGAGACUUAGGUUUUUGUCCUAGGGACAAGUUUCUAUUGUAUUGACUCCUAAACUUGAAGAUGUCAAACCUGCAGCUUGUGAAGCGCUGAUAUUUAUUAUGUUUUUUACCAUGCCAAGUAAUAUAUUUUUGUAUUUAUUGCCUUUUCU